AAAACAUCCUACACAAUUUAUAUUCUUCUUUGCCAUAUUAUAUCCUAACAUUAGCAAUGACUCAAACACCAACGACCAUGGCCUCGACUAUGACCAUUGUCCUCAUAACCGUGUUUCUAAUAGUGGCAACAUCGGUUACAGGGCAAGGAGAGGCGGCCCCUCCUCCAAUCGCAGGUAUGGUUUGUGGGGCGGAUUUAGGUCUAUGCGCAGCGGCGCUUGUAAAGGGAGGAAAGCCAUCAGAAGAAUGUUGCACAGGCCUAGACUUAGCGGUGAAGACGCAGGUGAAGUGCCUCUGUGAUAUCCUUAUGAACCCUCAGAUAUUGGCUGGCUUCAAUCUCACCGUUGAAAAUGCUCUUCUAAUCCCUAAGAGUUGUGGCAUCGAUGCUGGAUCUUCUAUGUGUUCUGCCGCGAAAACUCCAUUGCCUCAAGGAGUUCCACCAGUUGCAGGACCACCUGAAGAUGUCAAGGGUGUUGCAACCAAACUCGCGGGAACUGGAUUGGUGGGCAUCGCCUUAAUGACGAUCUCUAUGAUUUUCUAUUAAAAUCGAAUACUUUUUGAUAAAUUUUUUUAAGAAAUUGGUUUGGCUCCUUGUAAGUUAGUUAUUUAUAUAUCGUUUUUCAUUCCGAAAUUUGAAAUUUUGGGCUUCGAUAUUGUUGUUAUUGUCAAAUCUCUGAUGUAUUUUGAAUUACAUGUUAUAUUAUCUCAA